CUUCUGCGGUUUGAGUCGUACGCAUGCUGAUAUGACAGAAAUAAGUCGUUCAAGACCAGAGCAUUAUACUGGUAGUAAUUUAGAAAGUAUACCUCCUUUGGCUCAAGGCGGAGGGAAAUUUAUGCUGAACUGAACGAAGGCAGUUAAUAAGUAAAGAAGUUCCGCUUGCCUACAUGCCAAGGUACCUUUAGCCCGGGGAUAAAUACCACAGCGCAUUGAGAACACGCAAGGGUCACUAUAUCCAACGUAUAUAUAUACAUACAUAACAAACAUCACGGGCUCGAGUAUAAGUUUUGAAAGAGCAAAACGAUCGUUAUGUUCGGCCUGUACGUUUUACAAGCCUGCAUGGUUGGUGUCCUGACAAAAGAUGUCUACAUAGGCGGUAUCUGGGACGAGGUACCCGGAGACCCCAACUCCUAUAUGUAUGGGCCAGCUGCCAUGGCGCUGGAGGAUAUUAACAACAAACCGGAUAUACUGCCCGGAUACAACCUGCGGAUAGUUUACAAGAACACUACACUCCCCAAAAAUGUGUCUUUGUAUCACGUGGGCACAGCGCUGGAGAAGCUGGAAGAGCUUCUGAACGCAAAAAACGACCCGCCGGUCAUGCUGCUACUGCAUCAUGGGAGCUUCACGGAGACGGAAGUAUUGGCGGAAAUUACCGGAAGUAGGAAGAUGAUUCAGAUCUCGACUUUCAGCUUCUCCGCCUCCCUCUCCGACCGGAUAAAGUAUCCGUAUUUCUAUCGUACCAUAGGAUCUUUGGUGGAUACUGUGCAGGAAGAGGAAGCGUUUGUCAGCCAUUUUGGCUGGAACAGAGUCGGCAUUCUUAGCUCAACGGGAGGGUCGCAUAAAGCGAUGACUAGUGAACUGGACAUCAUUCUCCGAGAGAAGAACAUCGACGUGUAUACAGUGUUCUUCACACCUGACACGAUUCCCCAGGCAGUGGCUAAGUUGAAGAAGAAGACAGACCUACGCAUAUUUUUGAUUCACAGUCCGUCCCCUAGAAAACAAGACAUAAUGGAAAUAUUUUGUGAGGUCUACAAACAGGAUCUAUACGGAAAAAAUUACGUGUGGUUGGCCCACAUACAGCGCUACAAUAACGUGUGGAGCGAGGUGACGGAGGCCAUCACGAGCCGGAAGUUGACGUGCACUCCGCAGCAGAUUGUGACAUCAAUGGAGGGAACAUUUAAAACGUACCGCAUGAAUGCACAACAAGCUUUUGCUGCACAGAGGGUAUUCAAAACCGGGAUUUCGGGAGAGGAGCCCCAUACAACCUGGCAGAGAAUGGUCGCCAAGCCAUGGUUUUUACCCAACGUCCCCCAAAUCUUUUACCAGUUAUCGUACGACACAGUGUGGGCGGCGGCUCUGGCUAUACACAACACCAUAUCCAGGCUGCCGAGGUCCGCGGUGGAUGGGGUUUCCUACUCGGAGCUUGAGACAGUCACAAACAUACUUGACGCUGAACUGGCUAAUAUGACUUUCUUCGGUGCAUCGGGCCCUGUUUCCUUUUAUCAGCAUGGUAGUCGCUCCAGUUACUUAACCAUUGAACAAGUUGACAAUGGAACAGUCAAAGACCUCGGUUACUAUGAGGAAAAGACAAGAAAGAUCACGUGGUUUGCGAACUCCAAAAAAGCAAUAUGGAGCAAGCAUGGUGGGGCUCCACCGAAAGCGGGCUUUACCGUGAGAGUUGAACGUAGAAGCGUGUCACGUGCUCUGAGACUGGUGUACUCAGUGAUUGGUGCAAUUGCAAUUAUACUAGCACUCAUCUUGAUCAUUUUUACCUUGCUAAAGUGGAAAACACAAUUAAUACAAAAUUCCUGGCCGUUGUUGAACGUCUCCAUAACCUUUGGCUGUAUCAUCCUGAUUGUGUCAAUCAUUCUGAACGGAUAUGACGUCACCGAUACUUUGUGCCACGCCUCCUUAUGGUUGUUCAUCCUGGGCUUUACGGUGUCCUACGGGUCAAUGCUGGUCAAAAUGUGGGGGGUGUUAAAAUUCCACCGUGGAAAGAGACAGCUGGCCUUGGCUGAACAGCUGUACUUGUUGAUUGCGGUAGCGGCUCUCGUAUUUCUGGACAUUGUGCUCCUGGCAGUGUGGCAGGCCACGGAUCCUCAACGCGCCACGUGGUUAAAGGUAGAGGAGAAGGUGAAUUUGUUGUCCUUGGUUCGCCAGCAGGUAUACGUGGCAACCUGCGCGUCUGACAGCACCAUAGGCUGGAGCAUCGCGUUCUUCGCCUACAAGGGGCUCAUGUUGCUGAUGACCGUCUUCUUUGUAUGGCCUGCCUGGAUUGCAUCGCUAAGAACCACCACUGGAGACAGCAGUCAUGUGGGCGUUGCUAUGGUGAUUGUCGUCCUGGUUUCCAUCGUGGGUAUCCCAGUGUCCAUUCUGGUUGGCAAUCAGCCGGAUAUCCGGUAUGGUGUCAUUGGUGCGCUUACUUUGGCGUCCACCAUCGCCACCGUGCUCUUACUCUUAAUUCCAAAG